UUACCCAACGUCUCCUUUACAAAUCACAAACACGGUGACCCAAAACACACAAACAAAAAAAAUAAAAUGGCCGUCACCGAUUUCUUCGCUGGAGAAAUCGCGACGGAGCUUCUAAAAAUGCUUAUAACCAUAACCCGAAAAGCUUGUCUAUGCAAACCAAGUGCAGAGCAACUAAUUGUCACCAUAAAUGAACUUCUUCCAAUUAUAAACGAAAUUAAGUACUCUGGUGUAGAGUUAACAUCCAUACGUCAAAUGCAACUCGACACGAUUUCACGUGCACUUAACGACGGCCAUGAACUCGCUAACAAAGUCCUUCAUUCGAGUCGUUGGAACGUGUACAAAAACCUACAACUUUCACGAAAGAUGGAAAAAGUUGAAAAAAAAAUAAGUAGAUUUGUUCAAGGACCACUUCAAGCUCAUGUACUUGCUGACGUGCACCAUGCUCGAUUCGACACGAUGGAAAGGUUUGAUAGGCUUGAAGGAUCGGCUCGUAGGCUUGAACAAAGACUCGGGUCAAUGAAAAUCGAUUAUUUUGAUGAUAAUUAUCAAAAGUGGUGCAUGGAAGAAGAUGAUCAAGAGAUGUAUGAUGGUAAUUUGGUAAAUAUGGGGAUGGAAGUUGGAAAAAGGAAAGUUAAGGAUAUGGUUUUGGAUGAUAGUUUGGUUGUUAUUGGGAUUAAUGGAAUUGGGGGAAGUGGGAAAACUACUUUGGUUAAAGAAGUUUGUAGAGAUGAUGAUGUCAAAAGUUAUUAUAACAACAAGAUUCUGGUGCUGACAGUGUCACAAUCUCCGAAUGUGGAACAAAUAAGGCAAAGGAUUGGGGUGUUUCUUUCGGAAAGUAAAUAUAAUGGGUAUCCGGAUAUAAACAUGACUUCUCAAUGGGCAAUUCAGUAUAACAAUUGGGACACAGUGGUUCCUACUCUUGUUGUAUUGGAUGAUGUUUGGUCACUUGAAGUACUUCAACAACUAAUCUUUAAAGUUCCGGGUUGCAAAACACUUGUCGUUUCGCGUAUAAAGUUUCCGUCUUUGCUUAACUCGAGUUAUGAGUUGGAAUUGUUAAGGGAAGAAGAUGCAGUCUCACUUUUUUGUCACACUGCUUUUGGCAGAAACUCAAUUCCUCCUGGUUUUGAUGAGGAUCUAGUAAAACAGAUUGUGGAGAAAUGUAAAGGGCUACCUUUGGCUCUAAAAGUGAUUGGGGCUUCACUUAGAGACCAUUCUGAAAAGUACUGGAUAGGGGCAAAGAGCCGGUUAUCACGGGCACAACCGAUAAGUGACUCACACGAAAGCGAGUUACUUAACCGAAUGAAACUAAGUAUUGAUUACCUUUCUGAAAAGGUGAGGGAUUGCUUUUUGGAUUUGGGUUCUUUCCCAGAAGACAAAAGGAUACCUUUAGAUGUACUUGUGAAUAUAUGGACAGAGCUUCAUGACAUUGAUGAAGAAGAGGUUUAUGCUAUUCUUGUGGAGCUAUCAAACAAGAAUCUUCUCACACUUGUGAAAGAUUCAAAGGACGGUGAUUCGUAUAGUAGCUACUGUGAGAUCUCGGUCUCUCAACAUGAUGUGUUGAGAGAUCUUGCUAUUCAUAUGAGUAGUGUCGGGAGCGUAAAUAAGAGGAAAAGGUUGGUUAUGGCGAGGAGAGAAAAUGGGGUACCUAAAGAAUGGGAGAGGAACGCCGAUCAGCCAUUUCUUGCACGAAUUGUUUCUAUUCAUACAGGUGAAAUGAGAGAAAUGAAUUGGUUGAAGAUGGAAUUUCCUAAAGCUGAAGUGCUCAUCUUAAAUUUCGAUUCAACUGAGUAUUUUUUGCCUAAUUUCAUUGAAAACAUGCCUAGACUUAGAGCCUUAGUGUUAAUAAACUACAACAAUAAAACCGCAGUGCUUCACAACUUAUCUAUCUUGAGUAGUUUAACCAAUUUGACAAGCCUUUGGUUUGAAAAAGUGACCAUUCCUCAACUACCCGAAAAAGCCAUUUUACCCCUCACAAACCUUCGUAAAAUCUCGUUACUACUUUGCAAGAUAAACCUUAACGACCAAUCCGAACUAGACCUCUCUCAACUAUUCCCUCGCCUUGAAGAGCUCACAAUGGACCACUGCAUUGAAAUGACCAAACUGCCAUCAAGUAUUUGCCAAGUUAAAAGUUUAAAGAGUCUAAGCAUCACCAAUUGUGAAAGUCUUGAAGAACUCCCAUUUGAUUUUGGUAAACUUAUUUUUUUAAGAAUUUUGAGAGUUUGCGCGUGUCCGAAGCUGAAAACACUACCAUUUGGGAUUAAGAACCUUAUGUGGUUAGAACAUAUUGAUAUUUCUCAAUGUGUUAAUCUUCAUUGUCUUAAUGAAGAAAUUAGUGGUUGUUUGAGUUUAAAAGUGAUUGACAUGCGCGAAUGUCCUCAAAUUAAAAGGUUGCCACGAUCUGUAUCGGGUUUGAGAUCUUUGAGACGGGUUAGAUGUGAUGAAGAGAUUUUUUGGCUGUGGAAACAGAUGGAAAAAGAGUUGUCUGGUUUGUGUGUUCAAGUAGCAGAGCAAUGUUUUGGUCUUGACUGGCUUAAAGAGUAAAUAAUGUUUUGUUAGUUUAAUUUUUAUUACUUUUGUAAAUAUUUUAAGUAGAUAGUUAGGUAGAUGAAAUAGUUAUAGAAAUAAAAGUGGUUUUCUAAGCACUCUUGUUUUGGUGUUUGGAUCUUGUAAGGAUAGAGCCUUUUGGUGUUAGAUCAUUAUAACGAACUUUUGUGAAAA